AAAAAAACACGUAACCGGAAGACUAAUAAACAGUUCCUUCAGUGUUUAUUAUAGCCACAAAGACCUUAUACUGACUUCUAUACUCUUUGCUAGCCACAUGGAUCUGGAAACGUAGUGGAAGGUAUAAGGAGGUUCUGAAUGGAUCACUUCGAGAAGGAUUUAGUUGAUGCGCUGAAAGACAUUGUCGAGGCGGGGAACUGGCAGUGUGUCGGAGACAAAUCUAAAUUUACGUCACCAUGCACGAAGUUUUACUCAGAUGAUGGAGAGCAUAUAGUCCUGGUGCAUACAAAGGAUGAUCAGUUCUGGGCUAUGGAUUCAUCUUGCCCACAUGAAGGGGGCCCACUUGAGCAGGGUGAUAUUGAGGAUCUGGGCAAUGGGAAACUGGCACUGAUUUGCCCAUGGCAUUACUUUGAUUUCAGCCUUGAAACUGGCUCCUCUUCCACUGGACUGCAGAACCAAGUGUAUGAUGUCCGUGUAUUGGAUGGAAAAGUGUAUAUAAAUACCCAGAGCACACUGUCCAUUUGUCCCAUCCCAGUGACAAAAAUAACUCAUCAAGAUAGUUUGCCUGUGGAAAUAACUUCCUCAGAAAACACACUUUGCAUGUGGGCCACCAAAAUCCUCCACACGGCAGACCCACAGGAAAAGGUUUCAUUGACCAAGAUAGUGCAAGAGAACUGGGGCAGCGGGAAAAUAAGAGAAACUGGGGAGGCCAGCCCCCCCGCGCAGCCCAACAGAAAAGACAAUCUGACUGUUGUGGAGCCUGGAAAAAUUAAACGGGGCAAGGGUGGCACACUGGCGAGUAGGAUUGCUUUACUGCACUCUCUUGCUAAUAUAGAGCAAUGGGCAAUAGACCUGUCCUGGGAUGUGAUCGCAAGAUUCUCCACAUUCAGAUUGAGCAAUGGUGAGCCAUUGCCUCGCCAGUUCUUUGAUGACUUUGUCAAGGUAGCAGGAGAUGAAGCCAAGCAUUAUCAGUUACUAGAGCAAAGGAUUAUGGAGCUCGGCAGCUUCUUUGGUGCUUUACCAGUGCACAACGGUUUGUGGCAAUCGGCAACAGAUACGUCUCAUGACCUUUUGGCAAGGCUAGCUAUAGUGCACAUGGUCCACGAGGCCAGAGGUUUAGAUGUGCACCCCCAGACUCUGUCCCGCUUCGCUGCUCAGGGAGACACAAGCUCAGUCAAGGUGCUGGAGGUCAUUUAUGCAGAUGAGAUCACACAUGUGGCUGCAGGGCUGAGAUGGUUCACAUACAUCUGCUCAAAAGAAGGAUGGGAUUCCUUAAAAAUGUUCCAUGAAUUGGUGAAGUUGCAUUUCAAAGGGUUUUUGAAGCCUCCAUUCAACACAGAGGGAAGGAGGACAGCAGGGAUGACAGAAGAGUGGUAUGUUCCUCUUGUCAAGCCCUCCAGCAGCUUACAGAAGACCUCCUGAUUGGAUUUAUUAAACCUGUUUUGCAUUCUGUAAAAAGGACUUUUAAUGUAGAGUGUGCUUGUAUGCUCAUCAGAUGAACCCUAAGGGUAAAGAAAUCAAAGAAUGGAUCUGUGAGUCCAGGAAUAUGGACCCCACCAUCCCAUAGUAACCACUAUUUAGGCAAAUAAACAUUAUCAAAGUGCCCCUAUUAUGGGUAAUGGAAGAUUCAUAUUUUGGUUCCUAAUAACAUGCAAGGUCAAAAAACACUUUCAUUGUCUUAUAAUAUGCAUUUAUCUUUACCUUACUUGUUCAACGACUCCCCAGUGAUUUGCUCAAUGAUUCAUUUUUCCAAACCCCUCCUUUCCGCGAUGCUAAUCUGCCGUGAUUGGUCUUAUUUUAAUCUCCUCUUGCCUGUAAUGCCUGAUAAAGCAGUGUUUGUGAGUGCAGUGCUGCUUUCUGUACAGAGUUACCAGGGAAACCGCUAUUUUUACCGCUCCAAAAGCAGCACCUAGUGGCAAAGAAUGAAUUAGCAUUUUCAUUGACCAGCACGAAAGGACCAACAAGUUGGCUGGCAAUAUGCAAUAUUUCAUGCUGAUGUCAACAUGAAAUGGCUUGGGAUUCAUUUUAAAACCGAUUCGUUUCAAUGAUUCAGAGCCAACUCUUUAUUUUGAGAGACAAUAACUUUAUACAUGGUUUAAACUUAACAGGAUGUUUUAAUUCACACACUGCAUGGAAGGUCAUUUUCAAAAAUCCAUAAUGGGGCACUUCAAAUAUCGUUUCAGCAGUUCAGUGUUGUUGCUGACAGGGGGCGCUCAGGGGUUGUUUUGCUUUCAGCUGAGGUGUUCUGUGUAAGGGGUGCGGUUUACACUGCUGCUGACAAGCUGGAUUUUCACUAAUAGUUUUUCGAGAAGGUUUUCAUAUUUGGUUUACGGGUAUUGUAUUUAUAUUGUUUUAAACUUAAUCCAAGUGCAGAAAAGCAUGCACAUCCAAAAAUAACCGAUAUGGCACAUUAAUAUUCAGGAAUUUUUAAUAGAAUAAAAAAGUAAUAAUAACAGAAAACCAUGAAAUUGGAUUAAGUUUAAAACAAAAUUGGCAUACUGUUGAUCCCAAAGGAUGUCUGAUGAAGGUGUGCGACCUGAAAGUUCAUGUGUUUGGUGAGAAUACCAUUAAAAUUAAUUUGGCAACAACAGUAUGCUGACUUGGUUUUACAUAUAUCCAAGUAAUUAAUCAUCCAUUUGAUACAGAACUAUUAAUUUUCACUCCACCUGGCCCUAGAUACGUAAGUGUAAAUAUGUUCUUAGCAUAGAGUUGAACAUUUUGUUCAAUCCUUGCAAACACUCAUUAGCAUAGAGUUGAAAAUGUGUGUCAAUUAUUGUAAAAAGGUCAUUUGAAAUAUUUUUUUAUGCAUUGGGUCUGUUCU